AUGGAGGCUCAGGAUCAUUCCAUUUUUCUGGGAACUGCAGCCCGCUGCGAUGAAGGGCUCGAUUGGCUCGGCGUCCCGGAUGACGUUGGCGCCGCAGGUCAACUGCCGGUCGUCGCAGCCAGCAGCAUUGGAGGGCUGCGGGGUCGUGGCUUGUUUACCACAGCCCCCGGGCCCCCGGUUCCGGUCGAGCUGAUACGCGAUCGCUCUGUUGGGGCCGAUGGCUUCUUGGAUGAUGACGAAGCAGAAAGGCACUGCGAUGAGAAGUCUCCCGAGUCCGAGUUCAUGGUUUGCAUGGUCUUUGGUGGAAAGUUCGGCUGGCUUCGCGACGAAUACACUGGAGAGCAGUGGGGCACCCUCCGUCCAUUGCAAGAGACGCUGCGCGAAUGGCUGGAUGAGGGCAAGUGUGCACAACACAUCACUUGGGACGAAGACGAGCAAUGCUAUGCCCUGUCGGAGCCAUACAAGUCCUACGUGGCUUGGAACGAUCCCUCCAAUCUUGCUGCCAUGGCAAAUGAUGCGUUGUACGGGUGCUGCAAAGACCAGACAGAGUACAACGUGAAGGACGUUGACAUGAACAACUUGGUCAUGGUCCCAUGUGCGCGGCUGGCGGAAGAUGGCAUUCGAGUCGAAUUCAAGAGUAUGUUCCUCUACCCUCGCAAGGGGUGGUCUUGGGAUGCCCCACAAGAGCUCACCCUGGGCUAUGGCUUUGACCAAUGCCACGAGGAGUCUGCCGAAGGAUGA